GGACUGUAUCGUUGAUGAUUUUGAUUUCGACAGGGAAAGGCAUAUGAAUAUUCUUAUUUAGACUGGACGUCAUAUUCUAUAUUUGGUGGGUACUCUCAACACUACUAAUGGCGCCGCGUCGCGCUUAAUAACUGCUAGCAACUCAAAUAGAUUAAGUGAGGCUCUUCAAAUUCUUACAAUUUAAACUUUAGUACCAUCAGCCUUAAUUAUGCACAAAACUCCAUCAAUUUUUGAAGAGGUCAUGAUCACCGCCAAUGUAAUACCAACAGCGCUAUCGAUGAUGGUACUUUCAUAGUUAACAACCCCGCUGGCUCAAACUUUAACCCUAGAAUGUGAAAAUUUGAUCGAAGUAGGAGAAUUUUAAGUUUAAGUCCAUCGCCCAACUAGUCUUGUCUAGAGGGUGACUUAAUCUGGUCCAAAUGGAAGUAUGGUAAGAUCUUGCAUAAAUACUGCGAAUUCCUUCCCUUGUAACCUUUUCUUUUGGGCCACACUCAGACAACAUUUCGAACAUAUAUUCAAUAUUACAACCACCUUGACAAUAUCCAUAUUGAACAUAUCAUCACAGACUUCAUUUGAAAUUGAUGAUAACGACAUACACACAUACUUACCGUAUAUAUCAUCUUACUUAUUAUCAAUUUCAAAUAUCUCCAACAAUGGCCACACCAUCGAACCCAACGGAGACCACAGCCGCCCCCGAACAUCCUCUUCCCCGUAUCAUAAUUCGAUCACCUAAAGAAAUGGAACGUAUCAGAAGACUCAGAAAGAACCUGGCAAACUCUCAUCCGAGUGUAAAAACAUAUGCCCAUGACGCAAGAUGUGGAGAACCCAGCGGCGCUCCUGCAAAAAUGAAAAGGGAUAGCACAAAUCUUGGUAUGAAACUUGGAAAGACACUCCAUCACAGGGAAUAUUUGAUCAAAGAAUUGGGAGUAUUUGGAAUGGUAGCCAAUAGUGAGAAGAGAAAACUUUUAUAUAAGAAUUGGGUACGAAUUACAAAGGUUGCAUUGCAAAAGGAAGAAGAAAGUGUCUUCAAAGAGUACAGAAGAUUGGCCUCCAAUUUGAUGUUAAGAAGGAAAUCAAUAUGUGCAAAACUUGGUACUAGUCCCAUGGAUAGAAAGGCUUUGGAGAAAAUGUUGGUUGAGAUAAAGGACAAGCAGAGAGAGGCGGUAACUGCUUGUGUGAAGGAACGCGAAAAGGUGCACAUGCAUCGAGUCAAGAUGGAGAACAAAAUGAAAGAGAUAAAAGAAUUGCUUGCUGAGAUGAGCGAGUUCCCUCAAGGAGAUCUUGCUAAAAUCUGGGGUGAGGGUUACGAUCAAGCAUUUAAAGGCAUUGGCCGAAAACGCACCUGGGAGGAAAGCCAAUUAGGCGAAAUCAGUGAACUGGUUUGAAUUGACCACUAAAUCUCUUCAGAUUGAGACAAGGAAUAAGAUAAUGUACUUAUUAAUUGGGCCAACAGAGCAUUAGCGGCUUCUGUCAAAGUUCCAAUUUAAAAUAAAAAAAUGUAACUUUACAACAACAUGGUUGUGAUGUGAACGAUUUCUUUGUGUCAAUGUGAGAAAAUCGAUGGAUUGUGCAAGAUAACAACAUUCCA